GGAGAGGGGGGGGAGAGCCGAGCGGCGGCUGAGAGCCGCAAACAGUUGAAAGCGCUGAAGUUGUGUGGCGGCCGUGGACGUUAUUUAUCGGAUGCCUGUGUGGCUCCGGCCCCGGGGGGGGGUUAAAAACAAAAGCUAAUUGUGUCCUUUAGGCAUGUUGGAUGUUACGAGUUCGGGAUAGAUGGGCCUUGAAGCAUACUGAACUCAAUUUCAGAUUGGUUGCAGUGUUUUCCCCAGGAGAAAUGGACUAUAAUGCAGAGGUGUGAGGUUUCCGGCAAUGACACCAUCCUAACCAAUAUACUUCAUAUUUCUGAGUGACGUUAACAUUCCACAGAUAAUUGGGAUUCACAGACUACAGGGGGCAACCGUGAAGGGGCUGCCAGUAGGGAGAAGCCCUGAAAUUCCCUGAGGCAUCUAGAUUCAAAACAGUGGAAAAGCUGGCGAUGUCAAGGGUGCCAACUCCUCCUCCACCUGGAGAGAUGUCUAGUGGGCCUGUGGCGGAGAGUUGGUGUUACACCCAGGUAAAAGUGGUAAAGUUCUCUUACAUGUGGACCAUCAAUAACUUUAGCUUUUGUCGAGAAGAAAUGGGCGAAGUAUUAAAGAGUUCAACUUUUUCAUCUGGGCCAAAUGAUAAAAUGAAGUGGUGCCUCAGAGUAAACCCAAAGGGUUUAGAUGAAGAAAGCAAAGACUACCUUUCCUUAUAUUUGCUUUUAGUUAGUUGUCCAAAAAGUGAAGUUCGAGCUAAAUUUAAAUUCUCUUUAUUGAACGCAAAAAGGGAAGAAACAAAAGCUAUGGAAAGUCAAAGAGCAUACAGAUUUGUCCAGGGCAAGGACUGGGGUUUCAAAAAAUUUAUCCGUAGAGACUUUCUUCUAGAUGAAGCGAAUGGUCUUCUUCCAGAUGAUAAACUUACGCUGUUCUGUGAAGUGAGUGUAGUUCAAGACUCUGUUAACAUAUCUGGUCAAUCAAACAUGAAUACACUAAAAGUUCCAGAAUGUCGGCUGGCUGAUGAUUUGGGAAAUUUGUUGGAAAGUUCUAGGUUCACAGACUGCUCCCUUUAUGUGGGUGGACAAGAAUUCAAAGCUCACAAAUCAAUUUUAGCAGCACGGUCUCCGGUUUUUAAUGCAAUGUUUGAACAUGAAAUGGAAGAAAGUAAGAAGAACAGAGUAGAAAUAAAUGAUGUGGAUCCUGAAGUGUUUAAGGAAAUGAUGAGAUUUAUCUACACAGGAAAAGCACCAAAUCUCGAUAAAAUGGCUGAUAAUCUGUUGGCCGCAGCAGACAAAUACGCACUAGACCGCCUGAAGGUUAUGUGUGAAGAAACCUUGUGUAGUAACCUUUCAGUUGAAAAUGUGGCAGAAAUUCUCAUUCUUGCAGAUUUGCACAGUGCAGAACAGCUGAAAGCACAAGCAAUAGACUUCAUUAACAGGUGCAGUGUUCUCCGACAACUUGGGUGUAAGGAUGGAAAAAACUGGAGCAACAACCAUGCCACAGAUGUGAUGGAGACAGAAGGCUGGAAGUCGAUGAUUCACUCCCAUCCUCAUUUAGUUGCAGAGGCCUUCCGAGCAUUGGCGACUGCACAGUGCCCACCAUUUGGUAUUCCACGCAAACGGUUAAAACAGUCAUAAUUACACUAGAGGACUGUAGGUACUGAUCUCGCUACUGACUUUUGCGUAAAGGCAUUUCUACCUUGCACCCAUACAAGAUGAAGUCCUCAUUUACAUACAGAGGUCACACCUGAACUUUAACUGUCUUUAAUUGCUCUGCUGAAGGAUGUGUUCCAGUAUGGUCUUCAGCUUUAAAUUAGUUUACAUGCUUUUCUCUCAGCCACUUAAACAGCCUUAAAUGAUUUUCAUCCUUCCUGUUAAGUUCACAUGAUUUUAAGUUUCUUUUUUUUUUAAAUUAAUGUGUGCCUUGUCAUUAGACCAGGCUGUGCAAAAUUGCAUCAGCAGCCAUAUUGCAGAGCCUUCCAUUGAAUGACUGGGAAAGGCAAAAUAAGUCUUUAACACUUUUCUUAAUAACUACUGUCUGUACAAAAUUAUGGUUGAUUCCCAAGGAAAUUAAUCAAUCUGAGCCUGAUUGGCUAGAUUGGAGCAAUAUUGCAUGUGAUUUGAUGACUGUCCCCAACCCAGCUUUGCAUUAUGCAUGCUGUUGAAAUUCUGCAUUACAGCCUGAAAGGGAUGUACCAUUCAAUAGCACGUGUCCUUAAUGGCCAGUGGUAUAUGAAGUACACGGUUGAUUUGUGAACCACCAUUUUCUUUUUCAGUGUUUGUAUACCUUGUUUACAGUUUGGAAUUUCUACUGUACAGAUUUUAUUUUGAGAGUUAAAUUCACAUUUUUGGCAGAAAUGUUAAAGACCUUUGUUAUAAUUGUGUGAAAAUGGUUUGUAAUGUUCAGCAACCUUCUAGAACUUGAGAUCACAUCAUAGCUAAAGUCAAAACACUAUAUCUUUAUGCUACCAAUGGACCCAAAACAAUGGACUAGUUCAGCAAUCCACAGUGCAACAGUGUGAAACUUGAAUAAUGGAAGAGCAUUUCUGAAGACUACCCAUUUGAAACGCCUAAUAAAGAUGUUAAGACACUGAAGGUCACUUGAUCAAAUUAGUUUUUCCAAAUAUGC